AUGCAGCACACAGUGGGGUCUGACCCUACAGGCAUGGUCUGGAGUCCAUUUUACAAAUAUAUCCUAUCUCAAUUUCGCCGCUUUGACACGACCACGGAGCAGCAGUGUUCUCCUAAACACGAAAGUAUGCAGGUGGCAGAAACGUAUUUGACCCUUCUGAAGGCUGUAGCGAGACAUCGCCAACUGGUAAAUACCUACAAAUGUCGCGAGAAGACUGCUUCAGAGGCUGCAAAACUAAUGGACUGCAUCGUGAAGCCAUUGAUUUGGAAGGUAGAUUUAGAGACAGGGCGAUGCUUUACGGUGGGUAUGAACGGUGUCCCACGGCGCUACAACGGUUAG